AUGCCUGAGGUAAUUCAUGAUAUGGAUGAAAUUGGUGUCCUGCCGGGGAACCAAGGCGUUUCGGCUGCCGAGGAACAUGCAAAUACCAAGUGUACUCAGCCAGAAGGAGGCCAACACAUGAAAGUGGACGAUGAGAUCACCACGAUUGCUGGAAUUGCUGCUAGACGACAGGAGGGGAACAUGGAGCAGAAUUUAAAUCGUCAACCGGAGACAGUCGAGGUUAACGGGGUACAUGCUUCGCCCGCACCAACAACAGACACCAACACAUCAACAGGGCCACCAUACUGCAUACUGCCAGAAGGCGAAAAGAUCUUCAUUAUGCUCUUGGUCUCAUUUGCGGCCAUUAUUUCUCCCAUCUCCAGCGGCAUCCACUUUCCAGCUCUGAACAAUCUCGCAAAGGACUUGAAUGUCUCCAUCUCGCUUAUCAACAUAACCAUCACAACUUAUCUGAUCUUCCAAGGAAUUGCCCCGUCAUUUAUAGCAAACUUUGCAGAUACCCACGGGCGACGACCGGCCUACCUCAUCUGCUUCACCAUCUACCUAGCGGCCAAUAUAGGCCUCGCAGUACAGGAUAGCUACGCGUCACUGUUGGUCCUCCGCUGCCUGCAGAGCUCAGGCAGCAGUGGGACCAUUGCACUGGGAAGCGCAGUCGUCGCUGACUUGUCAACCAGAGCAGAGCGAGGCAAGUAUAUAGGGUAUGCGAGUAUGGGAGUGACCCUGGGGCCUGCCUUGGGGCCGAUCAUUGGGGGUUUGCUGGAUCAUUACCUGGGCUGGCGAGCAAUCUUUUGGUUCCUGGUCAUUUUCAGCAGUGUGCUUGGGACCAUCAUUGCUAUCGUCUUGCCUGAAACCUGCCGCGCGGUUGUGGGCAAUGGCUCUGUCCCUGCCGCAGGUGGAACCAGUCUGCAUGGCAGAUUCUAG